CCUUCUCCCCUACUAAACCCUCCACCCCCAUGGAUGCUCUCCUCUAGCUAUAGCUUGUUCUAAGCUCUAGCCGCUGCCGUCGUGGCGUAGAGAGAGACAUUUUGGCCGCAGCGAAAAUCUGUUUUUCUAGUAGUUGCGCCGCCCCCAUGGAGGCCAACUACCCCAAGUAUGUCCUCUAUGGGCUCCUCAUCGUCGGCUCAUGGCUGCUCUCCUGCCUCCUCCAUUUCCAGGUCUUCCACCUCUCGCUCUUCCCCUACCCCUCCUACCUGCUGUCGCGCCGCGUCGUCCUCCCGCUGGCGCUCAACGCCAGAUUCCUCCCUCCUCGGCCCGAUGUUGCCGGCGACGACGAUGGCGGCAUCGUGAGGAGGCGCUCGUCGUCGCCGGCGAAGGCUGCGGCGGAGGCGUCGUGCGAUGGGCGGUAUGUGUAUGUGCUGGAGGUGCCACGGCGGUUUCAGAUGCUCACCGAGUGCGUCGAGGGGCCGAAGGUGUUCGACGACCCGUACCAUGUCUGUGUCGUCAUGUCCAACUCCGGCCUCGGCCCCGUCAUCCCUCCCGCCGCCGCCGGCAACGCCACCGUCGACGGCGACAUCAUUCCCAACACCGGAUGGUAUAACACGGACCAGUACGCGCUGGAGGUGAUCUUCCACAAUCGGAUGCGGCGGUACGAGUGCCUCACCAGCGACAUGGCGGCGGCGACGGCGGUGUACGUGGCGUUCUACCCGGCGCUGGAGCUGAACCGGCACAAGUGCGGGUCGAGCGCCACGGAGAGGAACGAGCCGCCCAGGGAGUUCCUCCGGUGGCUGACGUCGCAGCCGUCGUGGGCGGCGCUCGGCGGGCGCGACCACUUCAUGGUCGCCGCGCGCACCACGUGGAUGUUCCGGCGGGGCGGCGCCGGCGACUCCCUCGGCUGCGGCAACGGCUUCCUCUCCCGGCCGGAGUCCGGCAACAUGACGGUGCUCACCUACGAGUCCAACAUCUGGGAGCGCCGCGACUUCGCCGUGCCGUACCCGAGCUACUUCCACCCGUCGUCGGCGCGCGAGGUGUCGGCGUGGCAGGCCACGGCGCGCGCCGCGCGCCGCCCAUGGCUGUUCGCGUUCGCCGGCGCGCGCCGCGCCAACGGCACGCUCGCCAUCCGCGACCACAUCAUCGACGAGUGCACCGCCUCGCCGCCGGGGCGGUGCGGCAUGCUCGACUGCAGCCACGGCCUCGAGGGCAGCAUCACCUGCCGCUCGCCGCGCCGCCUCGUCGCGCUCUUCGCCUCCGCCCGCUUCUGCCUCCAGCCUCCCGGCGACUCCUUCAUGCGCCGCUCCUCCAUCGACACCGUCCUCGCCGGCUGCAUCCCGGUGUUCUUCCACGAGGCCUCCACGUUCAAGAAGCAGUACCAAUGGCACGAGCGCGACGCCGACGCCGACAACGACAACGCCACCGUUGAUCGCCGGCGAUACUCCGUAGUCAUCGACCCCGAUGAUGUCGUCGAAGGCCGGGUGCGCAUCGAGGAGGUGUUGAGGAGGUUCAGCGACGACGAGGUGGCCGCCAUGAGAGAGGAGGUGAUCAGGAUGAUCCCUAGGUUCGUGUACAAGGACCCUAGGGUGAGAUUCGAGGGCGACAUGAGGGACGCCUUCGACAUCACCUUCGACGAGAUCAUGGCGAGGAUGAGGAGGAUCAAGAAUGGCGAGAUCUUGGGAUGGAAGCUAGAUGGUGACGACGAUGUGGUUGCAAAAGAUUCAUGACACAAGUGAAAUGGAGAUUUUUUUUUUGUGUUAAUUAGUAGUGUUCGUUUUGUUAAUUGUUGUGUUUUUUUGUUGAUGUUAAAUUGUCACUGUUGCCGUGUAUGUUAGUGACAUAUAAAUAUAAAUAUAAAUAUAUCAGUGCGUAUAUUGGCGGUAUGAUGAGCGAGAGAAAAUUAGAAUAAAAAAACAAUCAACUAGAUUGCUUUCAGUUUGUAUAUAUGUAGAUUUUAUUAAUUGUAUCUUGUCAAGCGGCUGUGUGCCCAAUAUAUCCUCAAGCUUUGAAGAA